GGGGACAAUUAGACUAUGCAGAUCACCUUCGUCAGGAUUCAGAAAUUGUGCUGUAUUUCUUCUAUGCGCCAUGGUGCGGCCAGUCCAUUGCAGCAAGAGAAGAAAUAGAACAUGUGGCCAGCAGAUUGUCAGGCCAGGUGCUGUUUGUGGCUGUAAAUUGCUGGUGGAACCAGGGGAAAUGCAGGAAGCAGAAGCAUUUCUUUUAUUUUCCUGUGAUACACUUAUACCAUCGGAGCCUGGAGUUCUAGGAUAUUUUGAGUUCAAUGCUUCACCUCAACCGCCUGGUUAUUUAACAUUCUUCACGUCAGCAUUACAUUCAUUAAAGAAAGAUUACCUUGGAACAAUACGCUUCGGAGUGAUCACAGAUAAACGUGUUGCAGAGGAGAUCUCAUUGGUGCAUUCAGGCAGCGUGUAUUUGCACAGACAUGUCAACACAUCUCUUAUCUAUCCAAAUGAUGUCAUGAACUAUACUGCUGAGAACAUUUGCAAGUGGGCUCUAGAAAAUCGAGAGAUGCUCAUACGCUGGCUGAGACCACAUGGUGGAAAAAGCCUUCUUCUAAACAAUGAGCUGAAGAAAGGACCAGCACUUCUCAUAUUUAUACCUUACAAUCCCUUAGCAGAAAUUCAUCCUCUUUUAGAUGAAAUUACCAAAGUGGCCUUGGAAUACCACAACUGUAAUAAAAGCCAGGCAGCUGAGCCAGAUCUUCAACACUUAGGAGACACUGGUUCACCAGCUUUUGAUUCCUCUGUACCAGAUGCACAUAUGAAAUUAUCAGAAACAUUUUCAAUAACCAAGUACCCAUGCUGUAACACGGUGGUGCUUCCGCAGUGGCAUUCAAUAUCUAGAACUCACAAUGUCUGUGAGCUUUGCAUUAACCAGACGCUUGGUGUCAAACCAAAUAAAGUCCAUGUGCCAUACUGUAACUUUUUAGAGAUAGAAGCAGCUUUGGACUCUUUCUACCUCCAGGAACAUACCUUUUUUCAAGUUAUAUCAAAUACCAUAGAAUGCAGCAAUUUCUUAAGUUUCUAUAGUCCUUUUAGCUAUUACACUGCAUGUUGCAGGACGGUAAACAGACAUUUUUUAAGUUUCAUUAGUUCUGAGAAGACCAUCUUUGAGACCCCCAAAGUAGCAUUUUCUUCCCAUGGGAAGAAAGAUAACACCCAACAUUCUAUUCCUCACAUUGAGGAUAGGAAUUGUUUUAUUCCUGACCUUUGUAUUAGUGGCACUAACAUUACUGGUCUGAGCUGCAGGACCAACAAAACCUUGAAUCUCUAUCUACUAGAUUCAAAUCUUUUUUGGAUAUAUGCAGAGAGACUAGGAGCAUCAAGAUCUACUCAUCUUAAGGAAUUUGCCGCCAUUGUUGACCUGAAAGAAGAAGUGCACUAUGUCCUGGAUCAAAAUCAGUCACUUGUUGGAUCUACCCUGGAGAACUUCAUAAAAAAUUUCAGUAUUCUCUACAGUCCCUUGAAAAGGCAUCUUGUUGAUGACCCUUCAGUCCAUUUUCAUGAACAGCGUGUAAUCACUGAAGUGACUACUAAUACCUUUCAUGAUACCGUGUUUCUGAGUGAAAAGAAUGUCUUGCUGCUCUAUUAUGCACAGUGGUGUGGAUUCUGUGCUUCUCUUAAUCACAUCUUUAUUGAACUUGCUCGGCUUUUGCCUCCAGAUAAUUUCACUGUGGCAAGAAUUGAUAUCACUCGAAAUGACCUCCCAUGGGAAUUUAUGACGGACCGUCUCCCAACCAUUUUAUUUUUUCCUCAUCAGAGGAAGGAACAAAGUGUGAAGUUCCCUGAAGACUUUUCAGUUAACCUUCCUAAUCUCCUUAAAUUUAUUUUACAUCACUCAAGUCUUUCUUCAUCAGAGCCCUGUACCAAAGAAUGCCUACAUGAAGAGGCAGUUCUACAGCAAGGACACAUCUCCCACUUAGAGAGAGAAAUUCAGAAGUUAAGAUCAGAAAUCGGUGCCCUUCAUCAGGCCCAUGACCAGCUUGAAGCACAGCUUUCUGAAGCUAGGAGAGAGGAACAUAGACUACAGCAGCAAAAACACACACUGGAAAAGCAGCACAAGACUCUGCAGCUCCACAGUGAGCAGUUACAGGCCACAUAUGACCAGAAGAAUCAAGAAUUAUUAGAAAUGGCUGAAAAGCUUCAAGAAUUAGCUGAUGCAUCAGAAAACCUCCUUAAAGAGAAUACUUUACUGAGAAUCCUGGUGGCAUCGAGGGAAGGAAAGCUACGGAGCAAAGAUGAAAUUAAAGAAUCCCUUCAGUCAGAACGAACACUUUCUGAAGAUAAUGAUGUAUCAGUUUCAACAGCUACUGCCACAGUAGAGGAAAAAAGGAUUGAUAAUAUUGAUACCAUAGAGACAGAUCACAGUAGUGGAAACAGGACAGAAUGAUUGCUUACACAAAGUCAAAUGAAACAGUAUUGGGUAGGUAUUUAUGCAAAUUUUAUUGAAAUUCAUUGUAAGUAAAGACUACUUCCCCCACACAAUCUAGAAAAAGAAAAAUCAAAUGGAGUAUUUUUGUAUACUUGAACAACUUAUUAGAUACCCACAUCUAAAGAGAAGAAGAGAAUGGAAAACACUUUCUGCACUUUACUAUUGUACUAACUUGCAAACACCUAUACAUUUGAAGAGGCUGAUUUUCAGGGGCAGCAGUGUGAAGCACCUGUGACUAAGGACCAGUUAUUUUUCACUGGCUUUCUUACAGCUGCUAGAAGACAAAUUAGACCUUUGAUUUAUACUUUUCCAUAAUUUCUGAAGUUUGCCCUUUACACUGCAUUCUCUUUGCUGAAUUAAAAUAGAGAUCUUUCAUCUGUGUAAUCAGUAAACUUGAAUGGACAAAGUCAUCUUGCUACAACUAUUCUGUUCUAGAACUUCAGCACUUUGUAUCACUUUUGUAUACCAGUUAUCUGACUGUCUUGAAACCUGCAAGAGCCAUGUGUGAACUAAAGAAAGUCUUAAUGAAUUAAUCCUUUUCUCCUUGAUUUGUAAGAGGUCUAGAAUACAGCAGUUUAAGUGUAUGGGUCUGGCUAUAUGUGCAAGUCUCAUGAGACUGGUAUCUUAAAAAAAAGCACAUGCCAGGGCAAGAACAGCCCUCUAUCAGCUGUACCACAUAUUGUACUCAGGAGGCAACACCAGGAGCUUUCUGCUACUGACAGCAUUAAUUUUGCUUCAAAUUAUAGCCUUCAAUUAAAAAAAAAAAAGGCAAAUGUAGCACUAAAAAUGCAAGUCAACCUCUUACUGUAGAAGAAAGGGACAAGAGUUUUUGUCCAGGCCAGUGUUGUCUUGCAUAUAGUUAUAAUUCUCAAGCAAGCUUGCUAGGCCUAUGUUACUUAGUUAUUCUGUAUGUACAGGUACAAGAAGCAAGUCUAAUGCUUCCUCUAGAGCUGAAGAACUUAGACUUCAUUAUUUGUAACUUAUCUCAGGGAACAGAUUUACAGUAGCUUUUUUUCUCCUAAGCAAUUAAGCAUUUAAAAAUUUCAGUAAGCAAAGGAAGCUAUGUAUAAAGUCAUAGAAAACAGGUCAGUGGCCUCAAAGCAUAUGUGCCCACCCUAAGAGAUUUAGAAUAUGUAAGCUGCCAUUGGUGGCUCAGUGUUGCCCCUUCUCCUCCCCCCCAAACCUUUGGGGUCCAGAACUCACCAUUUAACACAUUCUUUUUACAGUUCCUAUGGCUGAACUAUAGCACAGGGCUGGAAAUGGAAGGGAUGUCCUUAUUUGGAAGGACUUCACCAUUGCUAGUUAAAAACCUUUAACAAACUAAUCAGCAAUCUUGCUUCCCGAUAUCAACAUUUGUUUUUGUAGGAAAGACUGAAAUUUAUCUUGUAGUAGUACAGUUAAAUCAAGAGAGUUAUCUACAAGAUACAUUAACUGAAUUCUGUAGUUGACUGGUUAUAGACUAAAAUGCCUUUUUACAACAGGCUGUUAACAUAUACCCUAACUGCUAAGUACACAAACAGGGGUUCUAGGAAAAAUUCAUAUUAAAACUGCACUUAUGCCAGUUUUAAUAAGUAAUCACUUCUGCAGUUUCAGCAUGCAGAAAAGCCUGCUCUACUGCCAUUUCAGACUCCUGGAAACCUUCUGGAUCAUCCCUGAGGGUUUAGUAUCCAUCAUUAGUUCCCAGGCUGGAAUCCAUCAAAAUGGCAGUUUCCUUGCAGUAGCUACAUAGUUGGAGAACUAAGUUCUAGCAGCCAAAAGCUUGACCUACCUAGCUGCAACUAAAGGAAAUCACUUCCUUUCUUGCAGCUCCUGUGUUUCCUCCCUCAACAUGUUACCGAAGGCUUAUACCUUCUUUUCAAAGAAAGUAUUCUGCGUCAGUCCAAUAAACUGUCAAGAGUACGAGUUCUGACUUUAUGGCUGUGCACUCAAGUUAGUAGCAGAAGCAAGCUUUAACUGCAGAUUUGGUUUUGAAGGUCUGGAAUCCCAUCUAUAGUUGUGAUUCAGGAGUCCCCUUGUGUGUUAUUUACAGUUGCAUCAUAUUAUUCCCAUGUGCUGUGGAACACAAAGCAAAAAGCUUCUGGCAGCCUAUUUACAGUUCACAGUUGUAAAGUAGUUCACAUUACAGUAGUAGCUCCAACAAAAUAGGCUCAGCUAAACAUUCAAGUAACAAAAAACACUAGUAGUCUCUUCACACCAAUAUAUUCCUGUGUCCAUUGCCGGCAAUGGAC